ACGCGCAGGAAGCCGAUGCUGGACCUUAGCGCUUCAUGUACGGAUUGGGCGCUAGACAAUGUCUUCGCCGCGUGGACGGCGUCCGGAAUGUCGUUUUUCAGAGAGCGUGAAGGGUCUCAUCGGUACUUAAAGGCGGCAAAUCCUCCCUCGGAGUCAGCAACGAUACCUAGUUCCCUCAGCUCCCCCAACUCGCUCGUAGAUCAUCGUCAUGGACUUUAGCCCCGGCGCUGCACCGUCACCCACGUCUCGCCCUCCUUCCUUGCGCCGGUCGUCGGGACGUGUUUUCGUGGAUCGGACGCCGUCGACACAGCUUGAUGGCCCUGUCCUUCCAUCCAACGACGCGUCGCCGGGCCCCUCUACCUCGACGGCGAACGGUAUCUCCACCUCGGUCGUGAACUGUGUACCGACAUCGACGGAGAUUCAUCCUGAUUCCACCGCAGUCCUCAGCACGUCCCCGCCUGCAAGUCGGUUGUCGUGGCAGACGACGCUCGAGCAGCCCCGGAUUGGAUCUGGGAUCAGCGCGCCGCCCGAGCAUCUCGCGGCUCGUAUCCAGUCCAUUGAAGCAGAUGCGAGGUUCCUGCACAGCGAGCCUGCUAUCCUGCAUGCCGCGAGGGCGAUCCUUCACAGAGACGGCGCGGCUCUUCAUGGCGAGCGUGCGACUCUUCACGCGGCGGGGGAAACUGUCGUCGAGGUCGACGAAGAUAUCCUCAUCGACAUGAGCGACGUCUCGACCUACACCGAGGGCCCGGAGCUGAACGUGCCCUACACCGACGGCGAGGAGCAGGACGAUGCGGACGACGACACGGAAGACGAGACUUUCUUCGAUGCGCUCGAGGAGCUUGCGUCCCUCGCUGACUACCCGGCCUUCGCCGAGAGCAGUUCCUUCAGCGCUGAUAGUAAUACCUCGCCGCCGCGGCGCCCCGCGGAACGCCCCUCCACCAUCCCAUCCUAUUUGCUGCACGCUAUGGCCGAUCCGUCUGCGACUCUUCUUCAGGAGUCGACAUCCUAUCCCGCACGCGCGUCUUUCAGCGGGCUCGCAGCAUCACAAGCUCAGUCAAACGCAUCGCUCCCCGCAGGGCAUGCCCACGCCGCCCACCGACCGCGGAAGCCUCGGAGCGGAGGAGGUGCCGCCUCAGCCUGCGCCCCCACCGAGGAGCCCUCAAUCCGCGGGUCGCUCCCGUCCCCAACCUGCGGAGGGCGCCCUCCCCCAACCCGGGGGUCGCUCCCUUCGUCCCUCCGUGGUCAGUUCCCUCCACCGCCCCCAGCCCCCCCGCCUCGCAAGCCUCGAGCACCUCCUGACGCCACGCAACUCGAUCGCGCACAUGCGCGCCGCCGGGCGGCCCGCGCUGGAGCCGCUGCGAGAGGCAUACGAGUUCCACUUGAGGACCGUCCCCGCGGGGACGAAGCAGGCGCUGCAUGAUGUACAGUAUGGGGCGCCGGAUGUGGCCGAGAGGGCGAAGUUGAGGAAAAGCAGCUGGAGGAUAUCGGAGGUCUUGUGCACUCGACACGCACGGUGCUGCACAGGUACCGGUACAUU